UGGAGGUUAGCGGAAGUUGUUUCAGCUGCCAUGUUUGGUUGCUUUGUUGUAGGCUUCUACUAGCUUUCCUACAGAAUCAGUAAGUGUGGAAAUGGAGCCGAGCUGGAGUACGUUUCUCUUCCAACAGGCCAAUGAAGCCCUCCACCACCAGCACCAGGUGGCCCAGAAUAGCCUGCUGCCACUUCUUAAUGCUGGAGCAGAGCAAGUUGACCAGAAGCCUGUCCUGCCUAUCCAAAUAGACCAGAAACCACCUGUCAGUGCUGCUGAACUCCUGAAGGACAAUGUGGCCAGUGGAGGAGGUCAGCGGCCACCGGUGCCUGUGAUAAAGAAGGAACACAAAGGCAAGACACCUUUUGUCUGUGGUUACUGUAACAAGGCUUUCCGAGACAGCUACCACUUGAGACGCCAUGAGUCUAGCCACACCGGCAUCAAGAUGGUGUCGCGUCCGAAGAAGACGGCCCAAACGGCCCCCACCAUGGUACCCAUGAUCGCCUCGAUGCCGCGAGAGAACAACGGCCACUCCUCCUACAUCUCUACAGUAGCGGGCAUCCUCUCCACGGCGACCACGUCUGUUUCGUCGGGCGCGAGUAUCAUGACGUCAUCCGCGAUGGGCAACAUGCAGCAGCAAAAUGUCCCCAAGAAACCUGCCAAGCCUGUCAAGAAAAACCACGGCUGCGAGAUGUGCGGCAAGGCCUUCCGUGACGUCUACCACCUGAAUCGCCACAAGCUGUCCCAUUCAGACGAGAAGCCGUUCGAGUGUCCGAUCUGCCAGCAACGCUUUAAAAGGAAGGAUCGUAUGACCUACCAUGUUCGCUCUCAUGACGGCGGGGUCCACAAGCCCUACGUGUGUUCUGUUUGUGGAAAAGGCUUUUCCAGGCCAGACCACUUGAGCUGCCAUGUGAAGCAUGUGCACUCCUCAGAACGACCAUUUAAAUGUCAAGUAACGGCCUGCACCUCUGCUUUCGCCACCAAAGACAGACUCCGCUCCCACAUGAUCCGACAUGAGGGCAAGGUCACCUGUAGCAUCUGUGGGAAGAUGCUCAGUGCAGCCUACAUCACCAGUCAUUUGAAGACUCACGGACAGACCAACUUUAACUCCUGUAACAAAGAAGGUAAUGAAGUCUGCAACUCUGCCUCAGCUACACCCGUGACCGCCUCUGCCCCCAUCACCUCGGCAAUGAACCGGGGCAACCCCAACAACAACAACCCUGUCACCAUAGCCGCACAAAUGAACAUUAGCACAAACACGGUCAACAUCACAUCUCCUGUCAGCCUUCAGCACCCGGUCACCAUCACCGGGCCCGUCAACAUCGCCUCUGUGAACAUCCCCACCUCGGCACCCAUGAAUAUCGCCCACCCCGUCGCAAUAACGACCCCCAUGCCUAUGAAUAUAACCGGCCCGCUGAACAUCGCAAUGAGGCCAGUCGAUAGCAUGUCUUUUCUGUCCCAAGUCUUGCCUUCAUCCCCUCCUUGGUAAAACGUAAAUAAAGAAAAGAUAAACGUCAAUAUCUAACUGGCCAGAAAGAAAGGGAAAAUGAAGUGAAAAGAGACUCCAGUCCUCACUUUAACAGCUCCCCCCACCCCCUUCCCAAACCAUGUCCACUUCAUCCAGCUUUGAAGUGCGACAGUCCUUUGAGCUGUAAGGUCAGUAGGAGCCCCCCCAAGUCCUAACUGUGUCCCAACUAAUGUUUAGUGACUGGCUCGUGAUGCAGAACAGUUCAGUAGAAUUCGAGUAGGAUUUAUCUUGAAAUCAAGACAGCCGUAAGACUUAGUGUAGGCCGUUAGAAUGAUGAAACUGUGAUUUGUAUCAUGACAAACAGGAGAGGGUUCCUCAAGUCUGCUUGAGGACCCCUAUAUGAGAAUACAUAUGUGCUUUUGUAAGGGAGGUGUGAAAUGGACUGAAGCAAUAACUAUGAAUUGCUGUUUCUGAUGUUUUACAAGCUCUCUACCGAAGCCUCUGGGCGUUACUUUGUAUGUAGUUUUUUUUUUUUUUUUUUUUUUUAACUAUAGCCUGCUAAUCACUAUUUAAUGUUAUAGGAAAUGAGUCUAGUAAAAGGGACAGCUGCUUCCACUUGCAUGGAAGACUAUUUUUUCACAAUGUUAUAGCAUUUCUUUCUCUUCUCAGAUAGUAAGUAUGCUCUUGAGGUACGGUGACUAACUUGUACAGUUGACAUAGUAAUGUAUUUUUCACGUUGGCAUUUAAAUUUUUUUUGCUUUCGUCUUUUGUGGACAUCUGAACACUGUUCAUUGAAAUCCUUACUUUGUUUUUCUAUUUAUAUGAAAGCAAAGGAUUUUUUUUUUUUUUUUUUUUGUGUUAAUUUUUCUUCUAUGAAGUCAGAAUGGAAUGAGUCUUGCACUGAAGGCAUAUCCUACAUGCAGGUGAACAGCAGUAUUAUCAAAGAUCAGAGUCUUGAGUGUUUUGGUCAGCCAGCCUGCACUUGAGGGCCCUCUGGUGGCAAGUAUGUAAAUCCAGGACUUGUAGUGAGGCUUUUCAGGUUGCUAUUGUCAUCGUAAAGGUGGCUGACAGUUUUAGCGGACUCUUUGUUACACUGUUUUAUUCUUAUAAUUAUUUAUCAUUACUCUGUUACAGCCCUGAGGUUAAACUAAGAAGCGAUCACUCAGGAAACACACAGGAAAAAUAAAAGAAAUCACGGAACUGGGUCUUAGGCAUUUCCCAAGCUCGUAUUUGGACUCCCUAAAACAUUUGGUAUUGCAGUGUUACCACUUGGCAAAAUUACACUAAGCAGGAAGUCCAGAAGUACACGCUUUAAACAGCCGUCCAUGUGAAUCGAUCAUUUACUGUACAAUGACAUAAAUGCUGUACAUCUUUUACAAACUCGAGCUAGUUCAGUCUCUGUUUGCACAGGUAUGUGGCUAAGAACUGGGUGAUACAGAACUGAUUUACAAAGAAAACCACGAACUCUGUAGCUGUUGGACAUGAACUGUUUUUCUUUCUUUUUUUUUUUUUUUUUACAAAUGCCAUGUUAUCUCAGCAGUGUUGCAGCUCUUUGAGUUGAUUCAGUUUAUACAGAGAAAUGCAAUAUGCAUGUAUGUCUUUUUUUCCAAGUUUUUGUUUUUUUUUUACAAAAUAUUAGUGUAGUUUUUUUUUAUUAUGCAUUUACGUAGAUACACUAUAAUAGCCUGUUUGCCAAAUUUGAAACAGUUAUAAUGUGAUGAUCUGAAUUAUUCUUGUGAAAUUGAACAUCUCAUUUAUUUUGAAGAGGAAAAAAAAAAAGUUAAUUGGAAACACCAGAAACCUUGUGAAAAGCAGUUGAAUGUAUAUCUUUGUACAAAACUUUUAGUUUCAAGGAUAUGGUAGUUACAAUAGAUGUGAAAGAUAAGAACCUUUUUUAUAAAUCUUUUGUAUUAGAACAUUAACAUUGAUAAUUUUGUAUAUAUGAGAGGCUAGGCUUUCUGAUUAGCAGAAAGAUCAAACAUUCCUACAUUUUUUUAAAUGUACGUUUGUCAAAUUAUUACUUAAACAUGCGCAAUGUUAUGUGCCUUUUAUUUGGGUUGUCUAAAUAAAAGAAAACUAUCAAAUGUG